AUGAAGAAAACGACAGCAGAGGACUUGCAUAGGGCAUGGUUCGUCCUUCAGACCAGGGUGAAUGCCCACCUCGACCAGGGGCUCUGUCGCAUUUUUAAGGAUAGUCUGCCAGGAGUUAAACAGACCAUAGAGAAGAAGGAGGGUCUUUUACGCAAGAACAUGAUGGGCAAGAGGGUGAACUCAGCAGCGAGGUCAGUCAUCUCACCUGACCCAUAUCUCGAUUGCAAUCAGGUCGGAAUACCAGUGGAGUUCGCCAAGAGGUUGAUGUUUAGUGAAGUUGUUCAUCCUAGGAACUUUGAGGAGUUGAGAGAGGCUGUCAUCAAUGGGCCUGAUGAAUAUCCAGGGGCUUAUUCUGUCCAGUUAGAGAAUGACCAGCUGAUUUCUCUGCACGCCAAAACUAGGGCGCAGAGGGAAGCCAUAGCCAAUCAGCUCCUUACACCUACAAUCAUCAACGGCUAUCCAUCCACUGAUAAGAAAAAAGUCAAGAGGCAUUUAAAGACAGGCGACAAGAUGAUUCUGAACAGACAGCCCACACUUCACAAGCCGAGUAUGCAAACAUUCUCGGCGCGAGUCCUUCCCAUGGAGAAGACGAUCCGCAUCAACUACACUCCAUGCAAGGCCUUCAACGCCGAUUUUGAUGGUGACGAAAUGAACGCCCACUUCCCGCAGAAUGAAGUCGCCAGAGCGGAAGCCUUUGUCGUCGCCUGUGCUGAAGAACAGUACCUGGUUCCGAAAGAUGGCAAGCCCAUCGCUGGCCUCAUCCAAGAUCACAUGGUCUCUGGGGUGCUGCUGACCGUCAGAGGAAGAUUCUUUCAUCGAAUGCAGUAUCAGCAACUGGUCUACGCAGCGUUGAGCAACAGCCAAGCGAACAUUAAAUUACUACCACCAUCUGUCUAUAGACCUGUCUGUCUCUGGUCUGGUAAACAAGUCUUGAGUACGCUGUUGCUGAAUGUCAUUCCCGACGAUAAGCCUGCUCUGAGUUUGAAGGGGAAGUCAAAGAUAUCUGAUCAGGUACGUAAAAAGCUAAUGGAGCAGGUGGAGAACAAGCUAGACCCAUCGUAUCCAUUCAUGUCUGAGAGUGAUGUCUUGAUUGUUGAUGGCGAACUGCUGCAAGGUGUCUUGGAUAAAAACCACUACGGAGCCUCUGCCUAUGGGCUGGUGCAUUGGUGCUACGAGCUGUACGGUGGGGAGGUUUCGAGUAGAUUGCUGACGUGUCUGGGCAGACUGUUCACCUACUUCCUACGUUCACAGCACUCGUUCACCAUGGGUGUUGAGGAUAUCAUCAUCACUGAGCAGGGCGAUAAAGAGCGAAUAAAGAAAAUAAAAGAAGUGAAAGAGUGCGGGCAAGAGGUGGUGGCCAGGGCCAUGCAGUUGCCCGCUUGGGCUGAUCCACAGCAGAUUGUCGACGGGCUGAAGCGAGUGCAGUUCAGCAAGAAGCGCAUGGAUCUGCUGGAGUUGGACGGUGCCAUCAACACGCAAAUGACGCAGUUCCAGGAUAAGAUCAAGAAAUCAUGCUGGCCCCAGAACCUCAUCAAGUCCUUCCCCUCCAACAACUUGACCCUCAUGGUGCAGUCAGGUGCUAAAGGGAGUGUGGUGAGUCUUAUUCUGUCUUACGACACUUGCGCACGGGCCACGCUGCCCUCCUUCAAGCCCUACGACCUGCACCCCAGGGCAGGUGGGUUUAUUGAUAACAGAUUUUUGACUGGUCUCAAUGUCCAGGAGUACUUCUUCCAUUGCAUGGCUGGCAGAGAUGGCCUCGUUGAUACUGCCGUUAAGACGAGCAGGAGUGGUUAUUUGCAGAGAUGUCUGAUAAAGCAUUUGGAAGGCUUAACCUCUGCCUAUGACGAAACCGUCAGAGAUAGUGAUGGGAGCAUUAUACAGUUUAAGUAUGGCGAGGAUGGCUUGGACGUGAUGAGGACUUCUUUCCUUGAAAAGAAGCAUUUCUCGCAACUCAUCGAGAACCAAUACUCCAUCGUCAAUAAGGAACUGGAAGCUGAGAUCUUCAGUAAGAUUAAUACUGUUGACGCUUUGCAACAUCAUCUUAAGAUGGAGGAAUGGAGAUCAACCCACGAGAAUUUUACAAGGAAGACAGCCUUUCAACUCUUCUCAGAGAGACACUGGGAUGAGGUGAGAGAGAGGAUGAUGAUGAUGAGGAGGGUGCAGAUGGAUGGAGCGAACCAGGCCUUCAUUGAAAGACAGCUGGAUGAAAUAUGCAAGGAGGAACUAUCGAAUAUGUUCGACAAUAUGAAUGAUAAACAAAGUAGAAGACUUCAGAAGAAGUUAAUGACCUGCCCUGACCCAGUUUCGAGCAUUCUACCAGCCAGCAGAUACCUCGGCUGCACCAGUCAGCAUUUCCAUGACGUGUUGGAGGAGUACAUCAAGAGAGAUGAUAACAAAGUGAGUGCUAUGCGUCAUCCGUACAAGAUAACGACUGAUGACCUGAAGAAGAUGAUGUACCUGAAGUACCAGAGAAGUUUGAUCCAACCUGGAGAAGCUGUUGGCAUCCUGGCUGCUACUUCCAUGGGUGAACAAACCACCCAAAUGACCUUGAACACUUUCCACUUUGCGGGUCACGGGGCCAUGAACGUGACCCUGGGAAUUCCCAGAUUGAGGGAGAUACUGAUGGUGGCCAGUAAGGACAUCAAGACUCCGAUGAUGAUGGUGCCUCUGCUUAGUUUGGGAGAUAAGGCGGAGAGGAGGGUGAACAAGUUUAUUAAAAAGUUUAGAAGAGUUCCUCUUGAAAAGGUCCUGUCGUCCGCUGUUGUAAAGAAGACACUAAUAGUCAGUGAAUUUAAAAAGGGUCACAGGCUGUACAAGAUACGAUUCAACGUGGCACCACAUUCCUUGUAUAAAGACGAUUUCAACCUGAACCCCGCCAAAAUCCUCAACUAUUUGGAGUCAAAGUUCAUGGGUCACCUGGCCAGGGUCAUCGAGAAGCAGGAGAGAGAACUGGUUGCUUCCAGCGAUGAUGACGACGACGAUGAUGAUGCUGCUGCUGCUGAUGAUAGUGGUGAUGAUGGUGAAAGGAAGCGGCGAGCAGAUCAAGAUGCUGAUGAAGAAGAAGAUGAUGAAGCUGGUGAUGAUGACGAUGAUGAUGGUAAUGAUGAGGGCAGUGGUGAUGACGAUGGAGAUGAAGAUGGGGAGGAGGAUGGCAAGGAAAAAGCCGAUGAAAACUCAAAAAAAAAGAAACCAACUAAAAAUAGAAGUAAAAACAACGAAGACGAUGAUGAUGAUGAUGACGACGACGAUAAUAAUAAUAAGAAUAAUAAUAACAAUGAUGAGGGUGGUGAUAAUGAUGAUGAAAUGACGGAAAAAAAGAAGACGAAAAGACGAAAGGCUGUCUGCUCGAAAUCUCACGUGAUAGAUUACGUAUAUGACGUGCAGGAUAACAUGUGGGGAGAGGUUACGUUCAAGUUUGAACUUGCCAAAAAAGAAAUGGACAUUCAGUGGCUGGUUGACAGCGAGAUCAAACGGACUGUCAUCAAUCAGGUUGCCAAUAUAAGCAACUGCAUAAUGAAGGAGAUAGAUAUAAACGACUCGCCGGCCUACAUGUUUGAAAGUGCCCUCAACGAACUUGAAAGGAUGACGUCACGUGGUCUUCUCUGUGGGAGGAGGAAGAAGUUACAAGUAGAGGGUCUCAACAUUCAGGAGAUGUACAAAUAUCAAGACAGGUUGUGUGUUGACGAGUUGUACUGCAACAACAUUCAGGCGAUUGCGCUAAAUUACGGUAUUGAAGCUGCUUCUCAAGUUAUCAUCGAGGAAAUCCGACAAGUGUUCAAGGCGUACGGCAUCGACGUUGACUACCGCCACCUGUCGCUAAUCGCCGACUACAUGACGUACGAGGGCUCCUUCAGACCAUUCAACCGGUUGGGACUGGAUUCAAAUGCGUCCACACUCCAGAAGAUGUCCUUCGAGUCGGCUCUUAAUUAUCUCAAAAAAUCCAUAGUUGAUGGAUCGCACGAGAACGCUGAGUCACCAUCCGCCUGUCUCAUCCUAGGAAAACCCAUCAAAACAGGAACCGGAUCGUUUGAUUUGGUGGUACCCGUCUCCUAA